AUGCAAAAAAGAAAGAGAAAGAAGUACCCUUUUAUGUUCCUUUCCAUUUUCAGAACAAACUUUCAAGUUUGUUUUCCAAUUUUCCAAUUUGGCUCUCAGACAAGGAAAGAAGGACUUCAUGUGGUGACGGUCGACUCCUGCCAGGAGUUCUGGAAACGCUUUCCCGAGUGUGAGAACCACAUCGAGAAGGUGUUCUUUGCUGCCAUGGUGAUUCUGGGUGAAGACCGAGAUCUCAGCUGGACGGGCGUCAAGCAGAUCCUGAAAAAACCACACGAGUUCUUGCAGAAGCUUCGCCAGUUUGAUCCUGGAACCUUGACGGAGGCAAAGAUGCGGAAACUGAAGUACUUCACCAGCAAGGACUUCUUCACGCAAGAGUACUUCAAGUCCCACCACCCAAUUGUCCAAGCUCUCUGCAAUUGGGCCUUGGCAAUUGCAGCGCUGGACUUGAAGAGCGCAGACAAGCGCUGA